AUGAAACCGCGCACCUUAUCCUCCCAAUCCACAACCUCCCCCGGCACGGGCUUCACCCGCAAUCCCCUCUCAACAACCUCACGAGUCCUCAUCAUCUACACCGGCGGCACAAUCGGUAUGGCACGUUCCCCGAACGGGUAUGCUCCCGUCCCGAACUACCUCGAAUCCAAGCUCGCCGGACAUACCGAGUUCAACGAUCCAGAAUACUUGGCUUCGAUGAAGAUCCGCGACGGGGAAGAAGAGACGUUUAGGGUUAGGGUGCUGUGUACGCCGGAGAGUGCGUAUGGGAAGAGAGUCAUGUAUUCUAUCCUCGAAUACGACGAAUUGCUCGAUUCUUCGUCCAUCACCCGAAAAGAAUGGAACACAAUCGCCACCUCCAUCGCCCAAAACUACCGCUCCUUCGACGCCUUCCUCAUCCUCCACGGCACAGACAGCAUGGCAUACACCUCCUCCGCCCUCUCCUUCAUGCUCGAAAACCUCGGCAAGACAGUAAUCCUCACAGGUUCCCAAGUCCCACUCUCCGAACUACGGAAUGACGCGCGGGAUAAUUUGUUGGCGAGUUUGGUGUUGUGCGGACAUUGGAUGAUCCCGGAAGUCGGGUUAUUUUUUCAUCAUCGGUUGUUUAGGGGGAAUAGGGUUACGAAGGUCUCCGCGGUGGGUUUCGACGCGUUUCAAUCCGAACCCAACUGUGCGCCGCUCGUGCGCGUCGGAAUCGACAUCGAGGUUAACUGGGAUCUAAUCCUCCGCCAAACAACACCAGCCCCGUUUCGCGUCCAAUCCAUCAACGACGUCCAAGUCCUCUGUCUCCGUCUCUUCCCCGGUAUUUCCGCGAUGAUGGUCCGCUCAAUGGUCACCUCGGCCCCCCUCGCCGGAAUGGUCAUUGAGACAUUCGGAGCGGGAAACGCACCGGGGGAUCCGGAACUGCUUCGGGUGUUCAAGGAUGUGGUCGAGAGCGGUAUCGUGGUCGUCAACUGCACACAAUGCCAGAACGGAAUGGUUAGUCCCGUCUACGCUACCGGGCUAGCACUGGCCCGUGUCGGCGUCGUCGCGGGAAGUGAUAUGACGACCGAAUCCGCACUCACGAAACUUUCUUACCUCCUCUCUAUCGCACCCAAACUACCAUCCUCGGAAGUAGCGACGCUGAUGUCACAAAGCAUCCGAGGCGAACUCACGAACAGCCCCGAUGGACCCCAAUUCCACCCUCCCCACCAAUCCGCCCCGAUCUCGGAUUUCUACCGUCUCAUGCUCGCCAUCUCACAGUCAAACCUCCCGCUCAUCAAAUCCAUCGUCGAUUCCUGUACUCCAGAAGACCAAACUCUUCUUCUCAACACGUACGACUAUAACGGCUUAACCCCCCUCCAUCUCGCCUCCAAACUCGGACACGAGGAAGUUGUCGGAUACUUGUUGGAGAAAGGGGUGAGUGUGCAUGCGAGGACUGGGGGGGAUGGGCAUACGGCGUUGUGGUUGGCGGAGGAGGGGGGGUGGAGGGGUGUUGUUGGGUUGCUUGUUGGGAUUGGGGCGCAUUUGCAUGUGGAGGAGGUGCCAGUAGAUUACCAGUAG